CUCGAAUACGAAUCAAACAGUAGUUACAGCUGUAGUGAUACAGUAACAUCGCAAGCUUAGCUUCGACGACGAUUCGAGACGACAUCGAAAAUGUUCAGGUACGGCUUGAUCGUACUUUUCCUGCACUAUGCAGUGCUCGGUAGCGAGGCGUCGGCGCUCCCACCGAAGAAGAAGGUCUGCGUGAUCGGAGCUGGUGCCACGGGUCUGGCCUCGGCCAAGCACGUAGCCGAGUACCCGGACGAGUUCGACCUCGUGGUCUUCGAGAAGAACAGCUACGUCGGUGGCCUGUGGAACUACACGGACAGCGUCGACGUCGACGAGCACGGCCUGCCCAUACACACGAGCAUGUACAAGUAUCUCAGGACUAAUCUGCCAAAAGAACUCAUGGCUUUCCCAGACUACAGAGAUUUCCUCGGCGAAGAGCGAAGCUGCGUCAAGCACGAAACCGUCUUGGCCUAUCUACAAAACUUCACCGACCACUUCAAUUUACACCAGUACAUUCAGCUGCACACACUGGUCGAAAAGGUCGAAACGGUAAUCGGUGAUGGCGACUGGCACAGCACGACCUACAAAGUGCACACCAGAAACCUCGACGACAACACGAAAUCGACGACGGUCUGCAACGCCCUGAUGAUCGGCAACGGCCACUACUUCAAUCCGAGAAUACCCUCGAUCCCCGGCAUGGAGACGUUCCCCGGCCGCGUGCUGCACAGUCACACCUACAGAAAGCCCGAGGACUUUGCCGGACAGACUGUAGCCGUACUCGGCGCCUCGGCGUCGGGCACCGACAUCAGCAUCGAAGUCGCCGAGACGGCCCAAAAGGUCUACCUCAGUCACAACAAAGACAGAAUCAAGAGCGAACUGCCCGCUAACGUCGAGCAAGUUUCCGGGGUGGUCGCCGUCGAUGGCAAUACUCUGACACUCAAGGAUGGCACGACCAUCACUGCCGAUGCCUUCAUUUUCUGCACCGGCUUCACCUUCACUUAUCCAUUCCUGGACGAGAGCAGCGGCAUCAAAGUCAUCGACAAUCAAGUCUAUCCGCUCUACAAGCACUUGGUGAACAUCGAACACCCGUCCAUGGCCUUCGUUGGACUACCUCUGCUCGUAGUCCACUUCCCCUUGUUCCACGUUCAGGCAAAAUACUUUGUGGCUCUUCUCCGCGACGAGUUCAAAUUACCGAGCAAGGAGAUCAUGAUGAAGGACACGGAACUGAACGGCAGACGCCAGAGAUACGCUCACUUCCUGGGCGACGCUCAGUGGGACUACAACGACGCCCUGGCCAAGGAGGCCGGUUUCGAGCCCAUUCCCGGCUACUAUCGCGAGGGCUACGCCAUGUGGCACGCCUAUCGCACGGCCAGGGUCUUGCACUACAAGGAGAGCGACCUGCGCAUCGACGAGAACGGCAAGCCCACCAUCGUCAACCCCAAGUGAGGGGCCUCUGCAUCGCACUACACCGAUCAAUCAUUCCAAAUCGCUUUUUAUUUGACGUACCUAAUAAGCAGCGAUGACAAUUCAUUAUGUUUCACUUUUUGUAAAUAUUUAACGUCGUGAUAAAAAUAAAUAUAAUUAGAUUUU